AUGUGCGUGCCCACCAAGACCUUCUCCACAUAUAACACCAACAAACCCUGGCUCAUAGUAAAAUUCAAGCAGCUUCAGCACGCCAAAGAGGAGACCUACAGAAAUGGGGACAGGAUCCUCCAGCGAGCUGAACUCUGCUUUCCACAACUCCUGAACACAUCUUGCAAAAAGCUCACACGUCCUCAUUCUGAAGCAAUUCUCAUGUAUACAGUGUUUUCCUCCAUCUCUCUGCUGACUGUGUCUCUCAACCUGCUGGUCAUCAUCUCCAUCUCCCACUUCAGGCAGCUCCACACUCCGACCAACCUCCUCCUCCUCUCUUUGGCUGUUGCUGACUUCCUCAUCGGCCUCCUUGUAAUGCCAGUAGAAAUCCUCCUAACAGAACCCUGCUGGCUCCUGGGUGACCUGGUGUGUGUUCUAGUUUAUUUCGUACCUUGUAUCAUACUCUUGGCCUCAGUAGUAAACAUGGUUCUCAUAUCAGUUGACCGUUAUGUGGCUAUCUGUGACCCUCUGCGCUACCCCACCAAAAUCACUCAAAAGAGAGUUCAAGUCUUUGUUCUCCUGUGUUGGAUUUAUGCUGUUUUCUACAGCUUUCUUCUUUAUUAUGAUAACCUGAAACAACCAGGCAGGUAUAACUCCUGCUAUGGAGAAUGUGUGGUUAAUAUAAAUGGAGCUGUUGACAUGGUGUUGUUCUUUAUUCUUCCCAUCACUGCCAUCAUCAUUCUGUAUAUGAGAGUGUUUGUGGUGGCUGUGUCUCAGGCCCGUGCCAUGCGCUCUCACAUUGCAGCAGUCACACUGCAGCGUUCAGUGACUGUGACUAAGAAAUCAGAACUGAAAGCAGCGAGGACUCUUGGUGUCCUUGUUGCUGUGUUUCUCAUGUGUUACUGUCCAUUUUAUUGUGUCACUCUCUCUGGCUAUGACCUCAUGAUGAGUUCUUCAAGUUCAUUCUUUGUGCUUUUUCUGACAAAUUUUAACUCAUGUCUCAACCCUGUGAUCUACACCUUUUUCUACUCCUGGUUUAGAAAAUCUGUUAAACUCAUUGUUACACUUGAGAUA